AUGUCAGUCUCUGUCAACUUUCAAAUAUAUGAUUUGUUAAAUGGAUAUAUCGGUUAUGACAGUGUUAAUAAAAUUGUUUAUCAAUGUGUUCAAAACCAAGUUACCCAAACCAUUGAUUUGGUAGGAGAUAAUUUUAAAACACAAUCUCAAUUUGCCUAUAAUUCAAAUAUUAGUACUUCAAUCGUCGGAUGUUACUACGAUCCAAUUGGAAAUAGAAACUAUUUGAUUUCACAAAGUGAAAAGCAGAGAUCCGAAUCGAAUAUCAGACUUACUGUCUUUGACUUGGCUAGUAAGUCAGUGAUCAAAGAUCAAGAGUACUUUAUCUACCACUUACAAACCUCAGAGCAAGAGAUCUUCAACAUGACAGAUAAACAUUCAAAUUAUAUUAAUAAUAGUAGUAAUAGUAAUAGUAAUAAUAAUAAUAAUAAUAAUAAUAAUAAUAAUAAUAAUAAUAAUAAUCAUAGAUUUGUUAAUUUAUCACAUUUGUUAUUAUCAAAUAUCAUUAGAUUCUUAAAUCACAAUAUCGAUAAAAUAUGUUUUAGUUUAACUUGUAAGCGUUUCUAUCUACAAAAAGAUAAAUAUCUUUUAUUGGAGUGUGCGAAUCUCUCGCAAAGUAACUCCAAUAGAAUCGAUAAAGAGUAUCCUCAAUUUCAUUUGAACUCCUAUAAAUCACAACUCAAACAAUCGUUAGAACUUAAAACGCAGUGUUCUCUAUUCUUUGCACCAAACUACUAUGCUAAACAUUAUCAAUUCGAUUCUAUUGAUUAUAUAUUUAAUCUGGAUCAAUACGAAAUACCUGAAUCUGUAACACAGAUAAUAUUUCAUGAUGGAUUGGGUGAUAUCAGUUUAGAUUGGAAUUUUAGAGAUAGAUUGGCAAACUCCAAUGUUGUUUCUUUGAAUUUCAAUAACAGAGUGGAUUUCAAAUACCGGCUUGUUGCCACGCCGACUCGAACGACUUACUCUGCUGGAGGACUAUCACCAUCGCUUCAACAUGGAGACACUACCGCCGAAUCUCAAGGAGCUACGAGCGUUCAUCCAAGUCGACAAGUUUGGCAACAAUGUUAUAUCACCGGCGAUUCAGUUGCCAGGCGCUCUACAAUCACUGAGCAUACCGCUGAAGCUACUAAAGCUGCUCAGAGGAGAUAG